AUGCCCGCAUCCUCCCCGCAACGACAGGGUCAAGCUUCUUCGCAUCACCGAGAGUCAAGCCUGGAGGGUGACCUGGAUGGCAUGGUCAACGACAUGUUUGAAUCCACACGCCAUCGCCGCGAGGCAAGGCGCACUGAUCUCACGAACCACCACCAUGCUCGCAAGGUCGAAGCCGCAGAGAGCAUCAACAAGACCUUUGAUGAUCAUGAGACGGAUGCUCUCCAGCUCCGCAAGGCCCAGACUGCGCGCUUGGUUGGUCUCUUGAAGCGAAACGAUGAGAUUGAGCGCUGCAUGGCCACAAGCGUCAAGACACUCGAACGCGCAUACCUAUCACGGUCCGCAGAGCUGAGGGCCGCGCUGGAGAGCCGCAUUGCCGAGCUGCAGUGA